GCGAAAAAGAAAAGCUAAUAAAAAGGGGGGAAAAGCUCACUGCCGGCAGAGAGUAUCUGCAUUCUCCACUGGUCAGAAUUUUAGUAGUUAGAAUCAGGCGUUGCUUCUUACGGGGCAGAAAUGGCAGUUUCAUCGCUCCCGCUGAGCUGGGCUUCUACCCUCCAUAACCAGUUAACAGUGCCGAAUUCGACCGCUGUACCUCGCUCCACUGCGUUUUCUCAACCCAAUAUUAUUGCAUACUCAAGAGACACGACCUUUAAUGAAGAAAGCUGUUUGAAGAAGAGGUCGAUAUUGCUGGGAUUAGGGGCAUUGGCAACAAGUUUAAUCCCUGCAAAUUUUGUUUUUGCGGAUGAAGUUCCGGAAAACUACCAAUCUUUUAUUGAUCUUUCAGAUGGUUAUUCUUAUUAUUACCCUUCAGAUUGGAGAGACUUUGAUUUUAGAGGGCAUGAUUCAGCAUUUAAGGAUCGUUAUCUGCAACUGCAAAAUGUAAGACUGAGUUUUAUACCAACUGAUAAAAGGGAUAUCCAUGAUUUGGGUCCGAUGGAGGAGGUUAUUUCCAAUUUGGUGAGACAUGUUUAUGCUGCACCAUCUCAAAGGGCUACUAUUUUUGACAUGAAAGAGCGGACUGUUGAUGGGAAAAACUAUUAUACCUUUGAGUACGAACUUACUUCUCCAAAUUUUUCUCGUACUGCCUUUGCAACCAUAGCUAUUGGCAAUGGGAGAUACUACACACUAAUUGUUGGAGCAAAUGAAAGGCGAUGGAGAAGAGUGCGUGAGAAACUUAAAGUAGUUGCUGACUCUUUUAGGGUUCUUGACAUUUGAAGUUGUACUUUGCUUGAGUCGAUUCGCAUUUUCUGUUCUUUGUUCAAGCCAGUUGUUAGUCGUUGUAAUUACUUUUUGUGAUUAUGAGAGAUCAUAGAAAACUAGUAUAUGCGUUAAUAAUAAUUUUUGUUGCUGGUUUGUUAUUUUUUACCAGUUCAUAUUGUAUCA